GCCUCUGCCCAAGUGUCCCAGAAUUCAACAACGCCUUCUUUUGCAGUGUCAAACGAUCUCUGGUCUGUGAAAUAUACUCCUGAUUUCCAGAAAGAAGGACUUACAAUCCAGACUGCGGGACUCGAACCCAACAGCCAUGGCUGAGCUAACUCAUAUGAUAGACAGCGAGGUGUUCCUGGCCUUCUCUACCUACGCCACUGUCGUCGUCCUCAAGAUGAUGCUGAUGUCUCCUAUGACUGCUUACUUCCGCUUCACGAGAAAGUGUUUUGCCAACAUGGAAGACACAGGGAUGGCUAAGAAUCCAGAGGACAAGAAGAGGAUGCUGAGAGUUGAUCCGGAUGUGGAACGUGUGAGAAGAUGCCACCAGAACGACCUGGAGAACAUCAUCCCGUUCAUAGUGAUUGGUCUGCUGUAUACCCUGACGGGGCCCGACCUCUCCACUGCUCUGCUCCACUUCCGGGUGUUUGUUGGUUCCAGGCUCUUCCACACGGUGGCCUACGUCCUCCCCCUGCCCCAGCCCAGCAGAGGUCUAGCUUGGAUGGUUGGCAUGGGAGCUACCUUCUCCAUGGCAUACAGAGUGCUAAGCACAACGCAUCUCUGAAGAGGCGAUCAAUCAAUUAAUAAUUAAUCAGAUUGAUUGAUUCCAAGUUUUCAGAUGGCCUAAAAUAGUCCUCGGGACACUCUACCUCUGAGGAGACGCCCACACAUUUAUUAGACCUGGGUCAAAUAGGCUACAUCAUGUUAAAUACAUUUGACAGUGCUUGAUUGUACUUGGAGUUUGCACUUCUGGGACUAUUCUAUUAGUUCUGUUGUAUCAGGCAGACUAACUAUACAUUUUCUGCACGUUUUGUUUUUAACUCAGCACUGAAUUUGAUCUGUGCAA